AUGUCCCCGAUACUUGAUCCGGAAACAAUAGUCCUCAUCACGGGUGCAAAUCAAGGCCUCGGAUAUGAAUGCGUGAAAAAGCUCGCUGCCGAGCAAUCUAACUACCGGAUUAUUAUCGGCUCUCGCGAUAUAGUUAAAGGUCAAGCUGCAGCCUCGAAUGUGACAAAAAUAGCCAAUAAUACAAGCAUUGAAGCUGUGCAGUUGGACGUUAUAUCCGACGAGUCGAUCAACGCUGCUGUCAACCUUAUUGAAAGCAAAUACCACCGGUUGGAUGUUCUUUUCAACAAUGCUGGUAUCAUGUUUGUGACAGAAUCCACUCCUCGCGCCGAGUUCCGCAAAAUACUGGAAACGAAUACUAUUGGUGCGACGUGUGUGACGGAGGCAUUUGUUCCUCUUCUGACCAAGGCGGGGUGUCCACGACUUCUUUUUAUGUCUUCUGGCCUGGGAUCAUUGACUUUGACAACGCUUCCAUUCUCACCCUAUUACGGCUAUGAUUUCAAAGCCUAUUCCACUUCCAAAGCAGCUGUGAACAUGAUCGGACUCCUGUAUGCAAAGCAGCUGAGAAAGUCUGGCUUCAAAGUGAAUUUGGUUGAUCCAGGGUUUCGACAAACAAAUCUCAAUGGUUUCCACAACGAAGGAGGAGACCCAGCUGGCGGAGCCUUGGAAGCGUGCCGCCUGAUUACCGACGCCUCUGCGGACGGACAGCACGGAAGCUUUGCGGCCACUGAGGGGCCUGUCCCUUGGUGA